CUUCACAUACACACUCCUUUGUGUGACGGCAUACAUCCUGGUCUCUGAGUGCCAACACGUCUCUUCCUGCUUCAUCAUGGCCGCCUUCAAGACGUCGCGAAGACUCGGGAGUUCUUCCUGGCUGCUGCUUGUCACCGUGCUGCAGUUCUGUGUGGUCACAGCGCUCACCGCAGCAAUAGCCAGUACAACACCCACAGACUCUGUGAGUCCUUUGGAUGAAACUGCCAGUGACAUUACAUCUAGUAACAUCACAAGUUUGCCAACUGUACCUAAAAACGAAAGUAAAAAUGAAGGCGGUACAAACACCACUGUUGCUACUGCUACUCCAACUACCAAACCACCUAAAAAGGUUGCACUAACACCCACACAAGACGCGACACAAGAGACCGCUAUCAGCGCGACUCAAGUGACUACCAAGAAAGUGGGCUCUGUGACUUCAGUCACCAUCACCAAGAUUCUAAACCUAAAGGCAACUACUGACGCCGAACCUACUGAAGAUACUUCUGUCGAGGACAACCUGAUGUUUGAGACCAAAGACACUGCUCCUGCCAGCCUGCCUUCUACCAAAGAAUCAGAGAAUGAUGACGAAGAAUAUCUAUUUGAAAAUGAUGACUAUGAUGGAACAGUGAAGAAUAAAGAGGACACGCUGAUACCACGUAUAAAUGAAAAAGAUCCCGUUACAGAUUCUGAAGACAGUUCCGAUGACUAUGAGAUUAAACCCAACAGUGAAUCGGACACUGAUGAAGACAGUCACUUCUUCAUGCACUUGGUUAUAAUAGCGUCAUUAAUUGCUGUAGUGUACAUUGCCUACCAUAACAAACGAAGGAUAUAUCUGCUGGUUCAAAGAAGAAGAUGGAGAGAUGGUCUUUGCUCAAAAAAUACAGGUUACCGUCGCCUGGAUCAGAAUGUGAGCGAAGCAAUGCCUUCUCUCAGAAACACAAAAGAUUAUGUAUUUUGAAAGACUUUAAACAUUCUUUUGCCUUUUUGGGCCUAUUUUUAGGCUGCAUCGCCAUAAACUUGACUUGAUUACAUAGUUUAGAGGAAAUAUUUUUUUUAAUUAACAAUUUACAGUCUAUGAUGUAAAACUCAGUAAAUUCAGUUAUUAGGGUGACAAUCGUUUUUCAUUCAUACAAGUGUGAUUUAAAAAUACAAAGAAACUUUAUAUAUAUAUUUUUUUUAUUGAUUAUUCUUGCCAUGCGAUUGUUUUUGUUUUGAUUAUACCAAUGGGGAAAUUUGCACAAAGCCUGGCAUUAAAUGGACUUGAUUCUGCACUGUAUAACUAGAAGAUGGUCUUUAAACCAUACAAAACAUUUACCUCUUGAAAGGACAGUCACAUUUUGCAUAUGUAGCACUCAUUGAAUCGCACCCAUCCUUUGACCCAUGGAGCCUCCAUGUGCAUGUCUCAGGCCCUGCAUCUAAGAUGGUCAGCAGCACCAAGUGCAGAUGGGACACUCUUGGACCAUUUGGAACUUCCUAAUUGGGAUGGCAUUGACCAGUGCAAAUGAUCUCUUGUAGCCCCUUGUUUUGCUUCAUGUGUGUCUAUUGGGUGCAAUUGCUAAAUGCUUAUUAGAGCACCGUUAAGGCAUUCUAUCACCGCACUGUAGCACUAUUAAAGGGGUUAUCCGGUAAUAAAUAUAGAUGACCUAUCUAGUGUUGGGCGAUAAAGCGGUAUCCACAAAAUACCGCAGUAUUAAGAAAUGGUGAUAUCAUGGUUACUUAAAUACCACAAGAUUUUAAUGACUUCAUAGUGGCAGUUGGACAUCGCUUCUAAAAUGGGUGCCGAUACAUUCUAUAAAGCAGUAGCAUCAUCUGAGCAUGUGCUGUUUAGUGAGCCUUAUGAACUACACAUCACAUAACACACUAGGCCAACAGUGGAUGCUGAAGUCUAAUAUAAUACUGUAGCCUGCUGCCCCAUACUUUAUAAUGUCUCCUUGUGGCCCGAUACAGGGUGUCUCCUUGUUGCCG